AUGCCGAUGGGUAUGCUCAUUGUGAAUGGCCAGAAUCUCUGGGAAAGCGAUCAAUGGAGCCAGCUUUCCUGCUGGGUCAAUGUCAAAUUCGACCGAUGGGAGUACACAUGGGGCGAUGACCAGCUGCUUGAUCUUGUGAUUGCUCGCAUUGAGUCCGGAAAGGCUACAAUCAGCUCUGAGGCCUUGCAUCAUAAGAAGGCCUGCACUCUCUCCUUGCGAGUUCCUUGGAAUUCAAAUGACACUGGUGAUAGUAUUGCUUUGGCUGCUAUACAGCUUGCAAAAAGGUAUCAGGACGAAGUUCUCGCUGGGAAGACCCGACUCGACCGAAUUUAUCUUUUCCGUUGGUUGAAUGAACAGAGAUAA